AUGGACUUUGAUCCUGAAGAUAGGCCGCUUGACUUCACAAGAACGCCUCCAUAUCCGUUGCAGUAUCUCGUCAGACUGAAUAUUAACCGAGGUACUCUGCUUCAUGCAACGCCUGAAGAUCAUAAUUUAUUGAAGCGGGAAUUUGAAUCUUUUUAUGCCUGGCCUAAAGGAAAUGAAAAUAAGAGAGCCAUAUAUGCUUGCUUAUUGAAUUUCAAUGCCAGGCCCUUUACCCUUAUUAUUGUCGUAAAACAUCUUGCCGGUGCUAGCCUGACAUCUCAUGCGGCUAAAGUCGGACCGAUGAAAGACGGGACAUUAAAGAAAGUACCGUUCUCAAGUGCGGAGAGCGUAGAAGAGCCGAGAAAGUUUAGGCACUCAUCCGCUAUUGUGGUUCAAAAUAUAGCGUAUACCAAAGCCGUAUCAGUGGUUUACGCGGUCGGCAAUACUUGGACUUCUUCCCAGAGCAUUGCAGCUAGUUACUCAGCGGCCGGUGCAAAUGGAUAUGAGACUUGGAAGUUUUCCGGAUCUGCUACUGGAGCUACACAAUUCUACAUCAAAUAUGAUGUGAGUGGUACCUCAUAUUAUGACCCUGGAAACAACGUAAAUUAUCAAAUCAGUUCAACUGCCACGUCUACGUCUCGACCCGUAUCGAGCACUUCGAAACCCUCAACUACCUCGUCUCAAGUGACGCCACCCUCAACGCCACCCUCAUCAACAGCACCGUCAAACCCAGGAUCAGUCUCAGCCAGCAUCCCACCGCCAAUCAUCCCAACUUCAAUCCCAAGUGAGAGCCCAGCAACUCCACCUAGCGGCUGCGGUAACUGGAAUGGAGGUGACAGUUGUCCAUCAGACAGUACGUCGGCGUUCGCAGCUUCAGCAGAAAAUCGACGCUGGCAAACUCCACCAAGCGGCGGUCCUGGUUAUGAUCCAAGUUUCGGUAAUUACCGAGAUCUGGUAGGGUAUGCAGACAUUCAAUACAACUCUGCUCGAAAUGCAGCAGUUGUAGUGAUCAACGCUGCUUCACGAACUAGCGAGGCACUGACAUAUGCCUUCAAUGGAGGUGCCGCGACCUCGAGCAAUACUUUCCAAGUCACUUCCAGCUUCUCCACGUCUCUUCGGAUGACAAUCACAUCCAAGUCCAGCAAGAGUCUGAUUCUAGACCCAAUAAACUUCAUCUGGCAAAAUACAGCUCUCACCGCAGCUCAGAGCACCUUUCAAAACGGCCAAAAAGGUGGUAUAGUAGAACUAUUCGGCUGGCCCUGGGUUGAUGUCGGCAAAGAAUGUGCUUUCCUAGGUAAAGCCGGAUAUAUGGGCGUCAAGAUCUGGCCACCAAACGAGCAUAUCUGGGGAUCCAACUAUUACGAACCAGACAACCAAUUCCGCCCAUGGUACCAAGUCUACCAACCCGUAUCCUACCGCCUCCACUCCCGCAGCGGCACCCGCGACGAACUACGCACCAUGAUCCAAUCCUGUCGCGCAGCAGGCGUACGAGUCUACGCCGACACAGUCGUAAACCACAUGGCGGCACAAGGAACAGACGUGCAAAACCACCGCAACUCGGACUGUUCAACCUACACCGGUCACAACGCCACCGCUGGCUCACCAUACUACACUUCUGGCAACACCUAUCUCAUCAACCCGCAAACCGGCACACGGCCAACCAUGGAAUUCCCAGCCGUGCCCUACGGUCCCACAGAUUUCCACUGUGAGCGCAGUAUCAGCUCGUGGACUGAUAUGAAUCAAGUGACCAAAGGCUACCUCGUCGGUCUUAGUGAUUUAAACACCGAGAAGCCAUACACUCAAGACAGAAUCGCCACUUAUAUCGUCGAUCUCCUCUCCAUAGGAUUCUCCGGCCUUCGAUUCGACGCUGCAAAACAUAUCGGUCCCUCUUCAAUCACCCAGAUCUUCGCGAUCGUGAAGAAGAAAAUGGGAGGGAGUAUGCCUACUGAUUAUAUCUCCUGGCUCGAAGUGAUUCUCGGUGGUGAAGCGGGAGUGCUGGCUUGUGAUGGGGGGCCGGAUAGUUGGUAUACCAAUUUCAACAGUCUAUUAUCCAAACAAGGAUUCACCAGCGCGGAAAUCAAUCAAGUUAAGAUUUGGAGCUCGGAUUAUCCCAAGGAGAUGCCAGUUUGUGGAUCUUGGAUCAUUCCAGCGAGCAGAUUUGCUAUCCAGAAUGACGAUCAUGAUCAGCAGAAUGCCGGUUCGAGUUCCCGAGAUAUGCAAGACAAAGGCUCCGUCCUCAUAAAAGACAAAGACGUCGCUAAGCAUCGCGGUUUCGAGGUCCAACUCUUCUCCCGGACUGACGCAGAUUGGCAGAUUAAACUCGUGCUCUCGUCGUACCUUUUCAUGGAUGCUGGUGGUGCUGGGUUUCCAGAUGGGUUAAGCGAUUGCUCGUUGUAUACUGGAAGCUCGCCCAAGAGUGCGUGUUUAGGAGUGCCGAAGGAUACGGCGUUCGUGGCGAAUACGUGCGGGUAUACGAUGAGCCAGGGGAAGUAUACGAGGGUGCAUAGGGAUUUGAGUAUUGUGAAUGCGAUGAGGGCGUGGGUUGGGUUGGGAAGUGUUACUGCGAGCGGGCUUGGUAUUUCUGGUUGUUCAUGA